AACAGAAAAAGCAGAGAUCACCAACACCUCUGAGGUACCAGCAGCUGUAAGGUGCUCUGAGGUGUUUCUGGUACUUUCAUUGCAUAAUUAUAAUCAUAUACUAAUGAUGUGUUUUCUUCUUUUCUGAUCUCAUUGAAAUGUGUCCUCUCAGCCUCUCCACAGUGUGAGUAUCAGUUUAAAAGAUCAGUUUUAUUGAAUGUUUUCAAACACUGUUGUUGCUGCUCAGCAUUUCUCUCUAAAUUUACUCUGAAUCACAAUGAAAGUAUUUUUACACUGAUUAUAGAAAAUGUAUUUUCAUCUUCACCAUGAUGUUGAUCACGGUCAACAUCAUGGUGAAGAAACUUUCUGAGAUAAAAAGUGUAACUGACUGAUUCUUACUGACAAACAUUUUGCAGGUUCUUACAAUGUCACAAACAACAACACGUCUGGCUUGCAGAUUGAAAUAAACCCCCGUGGUAACUACAACAUUUCUCUUAUUGAAGAAGGCCGACCACAGACUGGAAAGAUAAUCCAAGCUGAUCAGUUGAAUCAAAUCCCAGUGGGGAAAACUGGACACCUGAAGCCGUGCACUGAUUACAGUCUUAAUGUUUCAUUUACUGAAAAACCUUCAUUAAAUAAUACUGGAAAAGAAAUAUUCUGUCACUCUACGGAAAAUACAUUUAGAACAGAUCCAAUGAGUGAAAGAGACGUUAAUGAAACCAGCUGCAUCCCUGGAUAUGUUUGUUAUGGAAGUGACUGGGACAUCAGCUCUUCAAUAUCAACACCAAAUAAACGUUCAGUUGUACCAUGUAGAAAUGAUGAGAAGACUUUCUGUGUCAGACCUGCUAACGAGGACAUUUGCUCAGAUUUGACUGUAACCUUUACUCCAGGAGAGUGCAGAGGCUCUUCCUUUAACGUCACCAAAAGCAUCAGUGUUGAUUUCUUAAAUCCCAGUGAAAUACAGCAGAUUAAACCCACUGGACUUCCUGCAGAAAUUAACACAACGUUACCUGAUUUACCAAAGUGUAAAAACCUCUCAGUUAGUUACACCUGUUCAGAAAAUAACAAAGCUGAUGUGAAACUGUCUGAGCUGAAGCCGUUCACAGACUACAGCUGUACUGGUCUGAUCUUACAGAACAGCAUCAGCAUAAAUAAGACGACUCCAUCUGUCCACGUCAGGGUUGAUUGUGAGCUUACAAUAACCAACAUAAAGAAGGAUUUAACCAGUACUUCCAUUGAGCUCAGCUGGAAAACAACCAGUAAGAACUGUCAACAGGUCCUUCCCCUCCUUCAUGAGCUUUCUUAUGACUGCAGUUGUGAUGGUCAGACAGGUAAAGUUACAAGUCCUGAUGGAGGAACGUGUGUUAUUACUGGAUUAAAUCCAUUUACUGGUUAUACCUGUCGAGUCCGAGCCAAAUACAAGAACAAGAUUCAAGUUUCCACUGGGGGUGAAGUUAAACUGCAAACUAAGGUUGGAACACCUGCUGCAGUCACUGAGCUGAAAUUACACGUUCACGAACAUAAUACGAUCAAAGUGAGCUGGCACAGACCCUCUACGUUCAACGGACCUGAGAGAAAAUAUAUAAUACGUCUAAAUACAGCUGAUGAUAAGGAAGUGACAAAGAAGGAGCUAGAAGGUACAAAAUAUGAAGUCGAAUUCAAAGAUCUGAGCUACUCUACGAGCUACAAAGUGAAGGUGACGGCUCACAACGGACACUAUGAGAGCAUCCCUCAAAUAAGUGAAAUCAGCACUUUGUACAACAACAAAGCUGUUAUUGGGUUUCGUGUCUUCCUCUUCAUCGUCAUUGUUCUGGCUUUUCUUUUUCUCACCUACAAGUUCUACAUUCAGAAGUUCAGAAAGUCCACAAAUGACGUGAAUGACGACAUGGAACUUGAAGCAAUUUAUGAGAACCGACAACCUCCUGGAUGGCAUCAUAAAGAAGCUCACUGAUCAAAAAAGACAUUAUGGAGCAGCACAGUCAGUCACCAUUAACUCUUUAUUGUUUGGUAUGUUUUUUGUUUCUAUUCCAGCAGUAAAAGAAAAAAAGUAUUUUGCUGCAUUAACUUAAGAGCUCCAAUUUAAUCUUACUGUUCAUUUUCCUAAUUGUUCACAUAGCAUGGCACUCUGAAAAAUAUAUUUAAAAAAUUAAAAACACAAAUUAGCAGCUGUAACGUUCCCAGUUACAGCUGAUCGAUAUGCAUCCAUCAGCAGGUGAAUUGAUGCUUUUAGUUUUUGUUCAUGUGUCUUUCACACAUUUGUAUGUCUGCAGAAAAUUUGAUUUAAAUACUGUUAAAUGUAUCAAGAAUAUUAACAAAUUGACCAAAAAAAUAAAUAAAAGAAAAGUGUGGUUUACAUAGUAGCAGGUCUCCUGUUGCCAGCAGAUCAGUGGAAAUGAAGCUCAAAGAUUUUGCAUGUGAAAAUUAGCAAGCCUCUUCUUUUUUUAGCCAAUACAAAAAUUAUUAUUCUUACAUUAAAAAAAACCAUCUGUUUAAAAAACAGGACAUGGCUGUGCAUAAUUUAAUGUUAUCAUCUCCACAUGUUUAGAUUUACCGAAGUCCC